UGAAAAAAUGAGGAUGGAUUCCCAAGCUUUCUUUGGAGUCUAAACCCUCGUUCUCUCUCGUCUUCACCGGCUCUUGCUUGACGGGUCUUCCUUUAGGACUUUUGAUCUCGAUUUUCUGAGCUGUUCUCCUUUAGGAGAUGAUAUUAUGAUCAGAGACAUCUGGAGCACUUCUAAAGUGUGCUUAGAUUCACUUGGCUGCAAGAAAAAUCUUCCCCUUUCACUCUUCGAAGCGUUUGUCCUCCUCAACUCAACCGAGUCCCGGCACCAGGGACUGAAGAAACCUGCCUUUUAUGCAUCUCUCCUCCAGACCUGCACCAAAUCCUUCUCCUUCUUCCAUAGCCUCCAACUCCAUUCCCACAUCAUCAAGUCUGGCCUUGACACCAACCGCUUUGUUGGAAAUAGCUUGCUCGCCUUGUAUUUCAAGCUCUGUCCUGAUUUCUCCACUACUCGCCUUGUGUUUGAUACAUUGCCUGUUAGGGAUGUCAUCUCUUGGACCUCUGUGGUCUCUGGUUAUGUCCGGGUCGGUGAACCCGCCAAAUCUCUGCAGAUGUUUACAGAAAUGGUAGACUUUGGAGUGGAGCCAAAUGGUUUCACAUUAUCUGCUGUCAUUAAGGCUUGUUCUGAUCUUGGGGAUGUGAGGACUGGUAGAUGCUUCCAUGGAAUGGUACUGGUUCAUGGGUUUGGAUCAAAUCACGUGAUUUCUAGUGCUCUUGUUGAUAUGUAUGGCAGGAAUUUCGCAUUGGAAGAUGCACAUCAUGUGUUUUCUGAAAUGCUUGAACCAGAUGCAAUCUGCUGGACUUCUAUGAUCUCAGCAUUUACAAGGAAUGAUAGGUUUGAGGAAGCAUUGGGUUGCUUUUACUCCAUGAUGCAGAAUAAUGUUGGCCUGUUUCCGGAUGAAUUCACUUUUGGUACCAUACUGGCGGUGUUGGGUAAUCUCAGCAGAGCAAGGCAGGGGAAGCAGGUGCAUGCCAAUGUGAUUACCAGUGGGUUUCAGGGUAAUGUAGUGGUGGCGAGCAGCACAGUUGACAUGUAUGCUAAAUGUGGUCUCAUUUGUGACUCCCGAGGGGUGUUUGAUCGUAUGACCACUAAGAAUGCUGUCUCAUGGUGUGCAUUGCUCGGAGGGUAUUGUCAAAGUGGUAACUUCAAUGCCGUCAUCUCUCUAUUCCGAGAGAUGAACUGGGAAGGAGAUUGCUACAGCUUUGGCACUUUGCUUCGUGCUUGUGCUGGCUUGGCUGCUGUUAGAAAAGGAAAGGAAGUCCAUUGCCAGUAUCUCAGGUUAGGAAGACAUGGAGAUGUAGUAGUGGAAUCAGCACUUGUAGAUUUCUACGCCAAAUGUGGUCUUAUAGAUUAUGCGCGAAGAGUUUUCAUUAAAAUCUCUGCUAGGAGCGUGAUUUCCUGGAAUGCCAUGAUCUGUGGCUUUGCUCAGAAUGGCCAUGGAGUGGAAGCUGCCAAAAUGUUCGAUGAGAUGGUUCAGGAAGGCAUCACUCCAGAUUAUAUCAGUUUCGUUGCUGUGCUCUUUGCAUGCAGUCAUGCCGGUCUGGUAGAUGAUGGAAGGAAGUACUUCAGAUCAAUGACUGAAGACUACAGCAUUAGAACAGGGAUUGAGCAUUGUAACUGCAUGGUGGAUCUGUUGAGCAGGGUAGGCCUGCUUGAAGAAGCUGAGGACUUGAUAAACAACUCUGAAUAUAGCAAUGAUCCUUCACUCUGGGCUGCAUUACUCGGUGCAUGUGCCACACAUUCAGAUUCAAUGGUGGGGGAGCGUGCAGCGAAGAAGAUGAUAGAGUUGGAACGAAGCUAUCAUUUGAGCUAUGUUCUCUUGGCUAAUGUAUACAAGAAGGUUGGUAGAUGGGAUGAAGCUCUGGAGAUUAGAAAGUUAAUGAAGAGAAUGAGAGCAAAGAAAGGUCCAGGCAAGAGUUGGAUUGAGAUCAAGAGCAGCUUGAAUGAUAAGUCCAACAAUUCUUUUCAAAAGUUUGAUGAUUUAUCUUUAAUUUCCUUGUGAGAGAAAAGAUAGAUUUGGAAAGGAAGUCAGGGAACUUUUUCACUGUAUUCAGAGCUCCAUUUUUUUCUUUAAGGGAUUGAUUAAAGGAAUUAGCUCUGCUAAAGGGUUUAUAUCCCAGCGGUAUUAGUUCUA